GGAGGAGUCGUCUGAUGACGAAGCCGCGCCACCACCAGCGAAGAAGCAGAGGGUCGAGGAGCCAGCGAAGGCUGAAGAAUCAUCAUCAUCGGACGACGACGACAACACGACGACGCCACCGAAAGCUACAGGCGACAAGACCCCCGCGACAGCGGCCAAAGCUGGCGACGACAGUGACUCAGACUCAGAGAGCGCAGGAGAACCAGCGGCAAAGAAGCAAAAGGUGGAGACUCCUUCUGGCGAAGUCAUCUCUAAGAAAACGGUUUUCACCCCUGAUUCAUCUGCGGAAAACAACAAUUUCAAGGUACUUGAAUGGUACAUAGAGAUUGAGAUAGAUGAUACAAUUAUAAUUUAACUAGCUAAUCUUAUGUAAUUAACCUCCUCCCAUAACAGGCUUCUGGUUCCCCAUCAUUUUUCUAUUAGAGGCGGGCUGUAAAUCUUGAUUGGCUUUCACCUUUUGGUGAAGGUUUAGGUCCAGCGGCGCUCAAAGCACUAAGUAAGACAACCGGUCAGUUUUCACCUCGACAAUAUUAGGCUUAUCCCGUGCAACAAUAUAAGUGGCUAAAUUAAUCUCAAGUUCGUCUUUGUUUUUCUGAGAAGUGUAGUCAGUUGUUGGUUUCAGAAUUAGACUAGAAAUUCUCUGUUACUCCACAUAUAAGGUGUUUGUCGGCGGCUUGCCUUACAGUGCAGACGAGGAGACCGUGAAGAAAGACUUUGAGGAGUGUGGUGAAAUUGCUUACUUCAAGGCACUGAAGGAUGACGAAGGGAAAAUGAAGGGAAUCUGUUUUGUGACCUACAAAAGCCAGGAGGCAGUCGACAAGGCCCUCGCUUACAAUGGUACCGACUAUGGCGGUCGCACGAUCAAGGUCAAUAUGGCAACGCAGGGCGAAAAAGACGGCAAGGGUGCUGGAAAAGGAGGCAAGAAGGGCAAAGGCCCACGAACGGAAAAGCCUGAGGGAGGUAGAAACAAAACAACUAUUUUUUUUGUUACAGGAGAAUCGAAUAAGUCUAUCUUCCUCAACAUACUCUUGAUGUUGAUCUUGGCUUUAUUUAUGAAAGAUGUUAAUGUUUCUCUUUUCACCCAUACUUAUAAAUAUAUAGUCCCCAAGAUGAGUAACUCUUGUCUCUCUCAACACCUUCUACUUUCCACCUCGAAAUCCAAUUUCUGUUUCUUUUUGUUUACAACAACUAGGUCUCACUGUUGUGGUAAAGCGAUUUUCACGCGAGACAACAGAAGACGAGAUCCGCGCUCAUUUCUCAGAGAAGUGUGGUGAGGUUCAGGGAUGCCGUAUCGUGAAGGACAGAGAAACCGGAGAGAGCAAAGGUAUCGCUUUUCUCGAUUUCGUCGAGACUGAGAGCACCGACAAAGCCGUGGCGCUCAACCAAUCAUCAGCACUUGGAAGCGACAACAUCGUCGUCGAUUUCUCAGACACCGUCUCGGGUAGCGC